AUUGAUUGCGUACGGCACAUGCCAAAAAGGUCAGAGUCCACCGGAACCCGAAGUAAUUGCUGUACCUAUUUAGUUAAUAAAUUUAUCAUCGUAAGAGAAGUCGCAACUGUUGCCAGGACUCGUUUGUGGACAAUUGCGAAGUAGACAGCUGGUUUUAAAAUGUCGCGAGUUUUGGUUGGUGUGAAGCGAGUAAUUGACUAUGCUGUUAAGAUUCGUGUCAAACCGGAUAAGUCCGGUGUUGUGACCGAGGGCGUGAAACAUUCGAUGAACCCUUUUGAUGAAAUCGCCGUGGAAGAAGCGGUGAAAUUGAAGGAGAAAAAAAUCGCCUCCGAAGUAGUGGCCGUUUCGGUAGGGCCUACUCAGGCCCAGGAAGUUCUGCGAACUGCACUGGCUAUGGGCGCCGACCGAGGCAUCCAUAUCGAGGUGACGGGCAAGGAAUAUGAUCUUCUACAACCAAUUCACGUCUCCAAAAUACUGGCCAAGCUGGCACAGGACGAAAAAGUGGAUCUGGUCAUUCUGGGCAAGCAGGCCAUUGACGACGACUGCAACCAGACGGCACAGAUGACCGCUGCAAUGCUGGAUUGGCCGCAAGCUGUUUUCGCUUCUAAGGUGGACAAGGACGGAGACGCACUCACGGUGGUGCGUGAGGUUGACGGUGGUCUCGAGACCAUUAAGGCCAAGCUCCCGGCCGUGAUUAGUGCAGAUUUACGGCUGAACACUCCCCGCUAUGCCACGUUGCCGAACAUUAUGAAAGCUAAAAAGAAACCGAUCAAAAAAGUGAGCGCCAAAGAUUUGGGGGUUGAUACGACACCCCGCAUCGAAAUCGUUUCAGUAGAAGAUCCCCCAGUACGGCAGGCUGGUUCCGUGUUACCGGAUGUUGAUACAUUGCUGGCAAAAUUACGCGAUGGUGGACACAUCAAGUAGAGAAGUCGAGUAGGGUCCAGUGCGAUACAAUAUUCCGCUACGGAAAAGGCUUAUAGUGAGAACAGCUCGGCAGUAUCGCAAAUACCUACUUCUGGAAGUUUGCCCAUUUAUAGCGCCGAAAUAUAUCUUAGAAUGCACUGGAUAUGCAAAGCCCGUUGUUCUAGCGUUCCUUCGUCUUAAAGACGUUUUCUUUCAGAGAACCGUUUAUAGUUAAUCUUUGAUACAUGUGCAUGUAUUGUAGAAUAUCAUCUCAGCUAAAAUAUCUAUGAUUAUAAUAAAUACAAUAUUGCGGCCUUUGACGGUCGUUGGGAGGGUUUCGAAAAACCUGCAUGAUCAAACGGAUUAAAGUAACCCGGUUCACCCGAUGUUUGAUCGACUCGAGAAAAACUCUGCACAGACAAAGUUGACCGCGAUCGAUGAUCUGCUACCAGAUUUGUGAUUGACUAAGGAUGGUCUCAGCCUUAAGAACUGCAGUGCUCCGUACCGGUAAAUACAUUUGUAAUGCCUUCCGUUCCAACACUAAAACAACUCUGCUU